GACGUUCAGCCUUUAAUUUAUCACAAUUAUUUAAAAUCUGCCUUCCCGCCGGAUUGUCGUCGCCGGGCCAUCGCCUCACCGCCGCGCCACCGUCUACGGGCUAUAAAAAUCUCAUAUUUUGAAAAAGAUGGUUUUAUGCAGACCUUUUUUCUACCUUAGAUGAAUACGAGUCCAACCAAACUCUCUUUUGGACCUUGUGUUACACGCGCUUCAGAUGGCCGUUCGAUCGUGCUACAAGUUGCCCGCGCGCGUCAGUGUGAAGCUCUCCAAUUUUACUCCCCAUUGCACUUCAAAAUUUUCCCCAAAAAAAUUUCCUUCAACAUUUUCCCCAAAAAAAUUUCUACUGUAGAAGCUCGUAUAUGUACUGGAAAAUGAAGUUUGGGAUGGGAAUCUCAACUUGAUUUGAUGCUUUGGCGGCGCUACAAUGCCUAUUGAGUUCUGUGUGUUUGUUCAUUAGCUCAACGAGGGAUUUUUUUGGGGCUGCAGCAAUCGAGACAAACGAAGCAUAUUCAUUUUGAGGUAAUCUUCGAGAAUUUGAUUUGUUCGCAAUUCGAAUAUGCUUAGUUAAUUUUGAGUUGUGGUAGUUCGCCGAUGCUUGAUUAGGUUUAGAGGUUUUAAUUUUGCCAUGAAACAAUCAAAGAGAAGUGACCGACUCAGCGAGUUGCCCGAGUCAGCAAUAUUUCACAUAUUGUGGUUUUUGCCGAUGACAGAUGUGGUUAGGACAAUAAUUCUAUCCAAGCGCUGGAGAAACCUUUGGACCACCACCCCGUUCCUUAAUUUCGACACUGAAGCUAUGUCGUUUGAUGAUUAUGAUAGUGAUAAUGAUGACAGACUUCUCAAGUUCGUUAAUCGGGCUUUAUUAUGCUGGAAUGGGAACAGGGUUUUGAAAUUCAAGUUCGUUUCGCGUCAGCAGCUCAUUGAUUCUACAUAUAGUGAUAUUAAUUUGUGGGUCAGUUUCGCUAUGAGAAAUAGAGUCGAACAAUUAUAUUUAAAUGUGUACUGCGAGAGUUCAUCAGGAAUGGAUGGUGGUAAGAAAAAUGUGUACUGGGUGCCACAGUUUCUCUACUCAUUCCCGUCUCUUAAGGAGUUAACACUCAUAGAUUGUAACUUGGAGAUUUUUGGGGAUGUACAGUGGAAUCAACUCAAUAGUUUGAGGAUUGAAGGUUUCAAAGUCACUGCACGUGUGAUUAACCAAAUCUUGAAUGGUACCCCUCGCUUGAGAGUCUUUAUCUUGAGAUUUGCAGAUGCAGGUGAAAGCUUGAGUAUCCAAUCUAGUAGUUUGAAAGAGCUGUCGAUUGACAAGUACUUUUUGACACAUCAUGAUUUAUGGACGUUUUCGGAGCUGAGAAUUUGGACCCCAAAUCUUGAAACAUUGGAAAUCAAAGGAAUUCCAUAUAGCAAGUGUAUGCUGAUUAAUGUCUCGUCUUUAACCCGUGCAACUAUUGGGUUAACCGGUCUAGAACAUUGUGAUCAGGAUGAUGAUCCCUUACGUGGAAUCAAGUUUGAGCACGGCUUAUUUUCUGGGGAUGAUUUUCAAGGAAACACAUUGAUUCAAAUUAUUACAACCAUUCAACAUGUUGAAAAUGUCAAAUUAUUGAAAUGUUGCAUCAAGGUGCUCGAAGUAUUGAAAAGGAAAUUUAUGCAUUCAUCUUAUCCUAAUGUCAAAUCCCUAGAGCUUAGUUGUUGUUUCAAGGACUAUGAACAAAUAGUAAAUCAUCUUGAGAGUUUCCCUCAAUUGGAGAGGUUAGUCCUUGACGGCGUUACGAGGAUUUACUCCAAAGAUGACCAACAGUCACUCAAGUUUGAAGCAAAUUUUCCUAAUUCCUUUCUUAUGCAGUUGAGGACAGUUGAGGUUAUUUGGAAUUAUGGUUACAUUAUGUUUCCAUUAAUAGAGAUUUUGUUGAAAUAUGCGAGAAAGCUAGAAAGGAUGGUGUUCCGAGUAGAAGAAUCAGAAUUUCUACCGUCGUCAAAUUCUUUGUUGUUGUUGGCAUCACAAAAACUGUUGAGAAUGUCAAGAUCAUCACCCAGCUGCAAAAUUGAUUUCUAUGAUUGUAGGAAUGUACAUAACUCCUAGUAAUUGGCUGGGGAGCUCGAUUUCUCUUUCUUCAUUCGGCUAUGUGUCAUGUUUCAAUUUAAUUUCCUUGUUUGUUUCAUUUUGGGAUUGUAUUUGACUUAUUUAGGGCAGUAGAUGGAUUUGACACUUUUGGAUUAAGUUGAUGCUCAUUUGAUAUGUAGUGCACUGUUGUGAAUGAAA